UAAGAAGCUUCAUAUGUAGUCAACCCAUGUACUCAAGUCCUUUAAAUCAAGCAAAACCAAUUGAGAAAAAACAUUAACAACCCAACAAAUUUAGGCCUUUCAAGCAUGGAAUUCUUUAACAAAGCCAAAGCUGUUCGACUCCGAAGCCAUCUCGACAAGUAUCUAGUUGCCGACGAGGACGAAGAAACCGUCCGGCAGAGCCGGAAUAGCUCCACACACAAAGCCAGAUGGACGGUGGAGAUCGUUGAGGGGAAGAGCCACGUCAUCCGCCUCAAGAGCUGCCAUGGGAAGUACCUCACGGCCUCCGACGAGGACUUCCUUCUCGGAUGGACCGGAAAGAAGGUGCUCCAGACUACUCCGGCGACGAUGAAGGAUGGUUCAAUUGAAUGGGAGCCUAUAAAGGAAGGGUCACUUGUGAAGCUGAGGACGAAAGGAGGGGGGAAGUUCUUGCGCGCCAACUGGGGGACACCACCUUGGAGAAACUCGGUCACUCAUGAUGUUCCUUACACAACUGCAACGCAAGAUUGGGUUUUGUGGGAAGUGGAAAUGGUAGAAAUAUCUACGUUGGACUCAUAUGACUCGCUGUCGAGUCAAGACUCGUUGUCUUGUCCGUGGACGCCGGCGUUGAGCUUUUCAUCGGCGCUGGAUGAUGUUGCAGGUUUUAACACCCGAUCACCGUCCAUGGACUCCGGUGCGUCCAAACAUUCAUCGGGAAGACAGAAUGGUAUGGAAUUCUUUGACAAAGCCAAAGCAGUUAGACUUCAAAGCCACCUGGGCAAGUACCUACUCGCCGACGACGACGAAGAAACCGUCCGGCAAAGCCGGAAUGGCGCCACUUCACGUAAUGCUCGGUGGACAGUUGAGUUCGUAGAAGGAAAGAACAAUGCCAUCCGCCUCAAGAGCUGCCAUGGCAAGUACCUCACCGCCACCGACGAGCCAUUCCUCCUCGGCUGGACUGGAAAAAAGGUCCUCCAGACAAAUCCGGCUACCAAAAUGGACAACGCCAUUGAAUGGGAGCCUAUAAAGGAAGGGUUUAAAGUGAAGCUUCUGAGUCGAGACGGGAAGUUCUUGAGGGCUAAUGGCGGUACACCGCCUUGGAGAAACUCCAUAACACAUGAUGUUCCGAAUAGAACUGCAACUCAAGACUGGGUUUUGUGGGGAGUGGAUGUGGUGGAUAUAACAGUAUCCGAAUCCGAGCCCGUGUCGACUUACAUGUCGCCCGCCUCCAGCUUUUCGCCGUCGUCCAGUUUUUCUUCGUUGGCUGAUGAUUAUACCGAUUCUCCAAUAAAUGGUUCGCCGUUGAUCGUCUCCGGCAGCUCUGGACACGUGUCUGAAAGUGAGAGUGGAAUGGAUUUCUUCCGCAAAGCCAAGAGUGUCAGACUCCGGAGCCACCAUGGCAAGUACCUAGUAGCUGAGGACGACCAAGAAUCGGUCACCCAAGACCGGCAUGGCACGAUCAAGAACGCGAAAUGGGCAGUCGAAUUUGUCAAUUCCAACAAUGUGAUACGUUUGAGGAGUUGUUAUGGCAAAUACCUCACGGCCUGCGACGAGGAGUUCCUUCUCGGCGUAACAGGCCGAAAGGUCCUGCAAACUAUGCCGAGAAAAUUGAACUCAUCGGUUGAUUGGGUGCCAAUAAAAGAUGGGCCUCAGGUCAAGCUCAGAUCGCCUGUCGGCGGCAACUAUCUACGAGCAAAUGGGGGUUUGCCUCCGAUGAGAAACUCUAUAACGCAUGACAUUCCUUAUAGGCACAUGGAUUGGAUUUUGUGGGAUGUUGAUGUUAUUGAGGCAAGGACAGAGCCACCACAGAGCAAACCAGAGCGCAAACCGGAGCACAAACCAGUGUCACGAGCUGGUUCUGUGGAUUCAGAAUCGAGCUCAGCUGCUUAUAGCCACAAACCGGUGGCAAGAGCUGGUUCUAUGGAUGUAGAAUCAAACACGGCCGCUUAUAAGCACAAACCGGUGUCACGAGGUGGUUAUUCGGAUACAGAAUCAAGUUCCGUUGCUUAUAAGGACAAACCGAUUGCACGUGCUGGUUCUUUGGAUUCAGAAUCAAGCUUGACCUCUAAUAAUCAUAGAUUAUCGAGAUUGCCCAAAGUCGAGCCUAAGUUGCCGGAUGAGCCAAAACGGGCGCCUCAGGUACCUCGACAUGAUUCUUUUGAUUCAGAAUCAGACUCCGGUUCAUUUCAUCUUAGAGCACCUAGAAUGUCCAGACUUGAGUCAGGCGAUUCGUUUAGUGGUUCACCGGUGAAGUCUGAAGGCCGGAUUGUUCAUUACAGUGUUGUUGAUGACAAUGGAGAUGUUGCUGAUGGAAAAGAAGAGCUUUCGCUCAAUUUCAAGGGCCAUGGAUUGGCAGAAUUGACUCAAAAGUUGGAGGAAGAGACGGGUUUGGAGAAAAUAAUAUUGUGUAAUCGCAAUCCAUUGAAUGGACAGCUCUAUCCCCUUCGUUUAGCUCUUCCUCCUAACAAUGCAACCUUGCGUGUGGUCGUAGUCCCUCCUUCUUCACAAGUGGCAAAAGAUUUUUGUCCAGAGACUCCUUCAACAUGAACCUGGCAACAGCAAAAGUGUUCCAACACUGGCCCGAGCCAUAGCAACCUACUUCAAUCUCCUUGCCCUACCUGUACUUCAAAGUCGAUCAUACUUGGAGUGAUUGUGCUUCAUCAUUUGAUCAACUAGUGAGAGCAGUAUCAUCACAUUGAGCACUCAAACUGUGAUGGCUUUCUUUAGUCAUUGCAGGGAUUCAGCAAACUGUUCCUACCCAGAGAUAAUACCACUGCAGCUUCUUAUAUCAGAUUCCCAUAUCAAUCUAUAUGGGACAUGGUGAAUGUAAUCUAUAUUUUUCUCAGUUAGUGUUUGAUUAUGAUAAAUUUUUUGAUUGUCAACAGGCUGUAUAUAUUGAAAAACUGUCUUUUUAUUUAUUUAUUUUUAAAAGUUUUCAACACUCAA